AUGGCUGGCCUUUCAAACGGCGAAGUUUCUCCUACCAUGCCGAAAUAUGAGACCGACAUUGUCGAGGCCGCUCCUUAUAACAGAGGUAAACCUGACCCUGCUUUUCAGAGUGAGAGCAGCCCUCUCUCGGAGGAGCACCGCCAGUACCUUCUUGAGCGCCACGGCACACUUGACUUGGAUCCGAUCCCACAGAUGGACGACGACGACCCUCUCAACUGGCCAAUGCCCAAGAAAAUCUUGAAUCUCGGCUUGGUUGCCCUGCAUGCAAUGAUGGGUAUGUUUGUCGCGGCAGCCAUCUGUUGCGCAUUCGUCCCCAUCGCAGAAGAUUUGAAUGUCAGCGUGCAGCGUGCAAGUUAUCUCCUGUCUCUAUUCAUUGCAAUCUUGGGAGCCGGCCCUUUGGUAUGGAAACCGCUUUCCCAGACCUGGGGGCGUCGUCUUGUAUUCUUGCUUUCGUUGGCCUGCAGUUUAAUUGGGAAUGUGGGCUGCGCAGUCAGUCCUACAUUCGCGACAAUGGCUCUCUGUCGGGCCAUCACAUCCUUUUUCAUCUGCUCUCCAGUCUCCCUCGGCAGUGGUGUUGUGCAUGAGCUCUUCUUUAAAAAACAUAGAGCCCAAUGCAUGGGUGUUUGGGCAACGAUGGUCACUCUCGGUAUUCCAGUGGCGCCUCUGAUCUUUGGGCCUGCCGUUAUUCGCGUCGGCUACAGGUGGAUCUAUUGGUCCCUUGCCAUGGCCAACGGUGUCCAGUUGAUUGCACACUUCUUGUUUGGCUCUGAGACGAGAUAUGUGGCUGAGUCCAAACCGACCAAACCGGUGUCCAAAAUUCGAAGUUACUUCAACUUUCGACGUAUUGACCCAACGCCUCUGACCUGGUUUGACUUUGUCUGGCCCUUGACGCUUGUGUCUCGCGUCUGCAUUGGCAUUCCAGCAGCAACCCAUGCCAUGAGCUUCCUUUGGGCUGUUGUUUUUACACAGUUGGAGAUUCCACAGCUCUUCCCGGAGAAUUUCGGUCUGAAUGCGCAGCAAGUUGGAUUGCAGAAUAUCCCCUUUCUCAUCGGCACUAUUCUUGGCGAACAAAUCGGCGGCUUCAUGUCGGACAAGUGGAUGUACAUGGCCAAGAAGAGAGGCAGGGCUCCUGAUCCCGAAUACCGUCUUUGGAUUAGCUAUCUCGGCCACCUCCUGGUGAUAUGCGGCGUGGUCGUCUUUAUCGUGCAGAUUGGCCGAGCCGGAGAUGAGUGGAAUGUUACGCCUAUAAUCGGCAUGGGUAUCGCAGCAGCAGGGAACCAGAUCGGGACCACAGUUAUCAUAACUUAUGCCGUGGACUGUCACCCCGAGCAAGCUGCUGGAAUCGGGGUCUUCAUCACAUUUGUCCGUCAAAUAUGGGGCUUUACUGGCCCUUUCUGGUUUCCCCAGAUGCUAGAAUCCCUUGGUUAUUACCGUAGCACGGCCGUUCCAGUGGCUACAAUUCUCGGCAUAACAGUGUUGCCCACGAUUUUGCUUCAGUGGAAGGGUAGCCAAUGGCAUGGAAAGCCGGUGCGGGAGAGUUUUGAGGAUACGGCGUAA